CUUGGCCAACGUUGACAUUGUCAAACAACCAACUGCCACUGUCACUGCACGAACGAAAAAUAAAAAUUAAAAACGAACCUCGAGAAAUGCACGACAGCAGCGUCGAAGAAUUCUCGACGCCUCGACCGACGCUCGUCCACCGCCGCCACGUCAUCCCAGACGGCGACGGCGACGGCGUCCGCAACGUCCAAGUCAGGCGUCCCGGCGCCCCUUCUAGUAGGAAGUUCUGCGCCAGGGGGGCGCGGGACGAAAAAUCGAAAGGGCGGUUGGAGAGGGCCUUGAAGGAGAUGGGGGAGGUGGGGGAGGAAAAAGAUGCGGAGGGAGAGAAGAAGUUGAGGGUUUGUUGUGCGGCAGUGAAGCGAGCGAGGACCGUGGCGGAGAUAACGCCUACUAAGAUGAGGGUGAAGAGAAGGCCGGCCAUCAAACCGCCGACGCCGGGCGCCGAUCACAGCGUCGCUACGCUGCACGCGACGCCGCGGCCCUUCGACGACGCUCCCUCGGCGUCCACGCGAGCGUCGCCACGACCUUGCCGGCGUCCCGACGCCUUAUGCAGGACGUACGAACGGCUGAUGCUGAAGGCAUGGCGGCGGCAGCGGGGGCGAUUGGGGGAGGCGGUGGAGAAAGGAGAGCGGUUUCAGAACCAGGUAAGUCAGUUGGAGGUGCAGGUGGAUUUCCUGAAAGCAAUGAGAAACUCGGAAUGUGAAAAACGUGAUGAAGCUUUGAGCGAGUGCCAGCUUUUGAGAAGGAAAAUUGACGUUUUUGAAGCUGAAAACUCUCAUCUGAUAAAGGAGUUAAAAGUGACACAAGAAGAACUGACCAAUACGAAGAAGAAUUUCAAAUUGGCCAAAUGCGAUUUGAAGAAGUCUUCUGAACAAGUGUCGAAGUUGCAAGACCAGCUUAGAAAGAAGAAAGAAGAGAAAUUGGAUUUAUUGUCCAAGGUUUCUUCACACGAGCAAGAAAUAACAAGUCAAAUGUCAAUCAUAACCGGCUUGAAAGAAGAAUUGAAAAUUACUAAGAUGAACUUGCAGAAUACCGAAGUCAAUCUGAACAACAAACAAGAUGCUUUAGAAGAAAUGAUCCAGCACCUCCGCGCCGAAGUCGACAUCAACAGCUCCCUCAAAGAGGAAGCAGCAGCCCUGAGAGCCUCCGAAACCGACCUAGCGAACCGCUCCAAGUACCUCGAAGAGCAACUGGAAGAUUACGUCAGUCGGUGCGAAGAACUAGCUGAGGAGAACGCAUCAACCAGACAAGAAUUGCUGGACGCUUCGCUGGUGCUGGAGGACGAAAGGAAAAAGUGGUACCGCGGUACCCGAGAGUUGGCGAGGUGUUCUUUGGUGGCGCUUAGACAGAUCGCUACUGCCUAUUUGACGCCCGGCUAUCGCAUAUAUUAGAUGA